AUGACCAUCAAGCACAAUCAACAACUUCCUAAUAACCAUUUCCGAAAGCAUUGGCAGGAACGUGUCAGAGUUCACUUCGACCAGCCUGGACGCAAACUUCGUCGACGACAGGCCCGCCUGUCCAAAGCUGCCGCCGUUGCUCCGCGCCCAGUUGACAAGUUAAGACCAAUCGUUCGAUGCCCAACCGUCAAAUAUAACCGUCGAGUUCGCCCAGGCCGCGGGUUCACCCUUGAAGAGCUCAAGGCUGCCGCUAUCCCACGAAAACUUGCUUUGACUAUUGGUAUUCCCGUCGAUCACCGACGUCAAAAUCGCUCGGAGGAAGGACUUGCUGUCAAUGUCGAGAGGCUCAAGGGAUACAAGGAUAAGCUUAUCCUUUUCCCACGACACAUUGGGCGACCGAAGAAGGGCGAUGCAACUAAGGAGGAUGUAGCUGCAGCUCGUAGCGCGAAGGUGCAAGCAACUUCGGCAUUAUUCCCAAUCACUGGGGUCGACAAAGCUAUUAAGGAACGUAGCAUUACUUCAGAGGAGAAGGACACGAGCGCUUACAGGAAACUCAGACUGGCCAGGAGUGAUGCCAAGUACGUCGGUGCCCGAGAAAAGCGUGCCAAGGCAAAGGCGGAGGCGGAGGCUGCCAGCAAGAAAUAA